GUGAUUUUGAGUUGAAAGGCUGAACUUAUUAGUCAUAGUUCGUGACCGUCUUUUACGUGGCUGGCAGUGAACGAGGCAAGAUGUUCACAACAAAUGCCAAAAUUAUAAAAAGCAGUGGUGCCGAUCCAGAUGAAUUUGAGGCUAGCAUAUCUCAAGCUUUACUAGAACUAGAAACAAAUAGUGAUUUAAAAUCACAAUUGAGAGAAUUGUAUAUAACCAAGGCAAGAGAAAUUCAAACCAAUAAUAAGAAGUCUAUCAUUAUCUAUGUGCCCAUGCCAAAGUUGAAGGCAUUCCAAAAGAUUCAGACUAGGUUAGUACGUGAAUUAGAGAAAAAAUUCUCUGGAAAACAUGUAAUGUUUGUUGGUGAGAGAAAAAUUUUACCUAAACCUACGAGGAAGACUAGAAUCAAGAACAAGCAAAAGAGACCAAGAAGUCGCACUCUCACAGCUGUGUACGAUGCCAUUUUGGAAGAUCUUGUUUAUCCCGUCGAAAUUGUGGGUAAAAGGAUUAGAGUUAAGUUGGAUGGUUCACAGCUCAUCAAAGUACAUUUAGAUAAAAAUGAGCAAACCAACAUUGAGCAUAAAGUUGAUACUUUUGCUGCUGUCUAUAAAGAGUUGACCGGUCGGGAUGUUACGUUCGAAUUCCCAGAGUCCUAUGUAUAAGUUUACGUUUCAAUAAAAACAACUAUUGAAAUCUUA